GUUUUGCUUCAGCCCUCAACAAACAUGGCGGAGAGCGAGCAGCAGUCAGGUGCCUCUCCUGAAGAUGAUAGACCUCCCAUACCUGUCAGUUUCAACUUCAUGGUGCCAAAGAAGGAGAUCAGCAUGGUUCCUGAUAUGGGCAAAUGGAAGAGAUCUCAGGCGUAUGCAGACUACAUGGGAUUCAUUCUGACUCUGAAUGAAGGGGUGAAAGGAAAGAAGCUCACAUGUGAAUACCCAGUUUCAGAGACAGUGGAAAAGCUGCUCUCACUGUUGGGGACUUUAGAUCGCUGGAUAGAUGAAACACCACCUGUAGACCAGCCCUCACGCUUUGGCAAUAAAGCUUACCGUACUUGGUAUGCCAAACUAGACCAGGAGGCUGAGACUCUAGUCUCCGCAGUUCUUCCAUCUGAUCUCAGUGCUGCUGCUCCAGAGAUCGCUGUAUAUCUGAAGGAGGCUGUAGGCAACUCCACCAGGAUUGACUAUGGCACAGGUCACGAAGCUGCCUUUGCAGCAUUCCUCUGCUGUCUUUGCAAAGUGGGAGCUCUCCGAGUGGAAGACCAAUUGGCCAUCAUUUUUAAAGUAUUUGACAGGUAUCUGCGAGUGAUGCGGAAGCUGCAGAAGACGUACAGGAUGGAGCCGGCAGGCAGCCAGGGCGUGUGGGGGCUUGACGACUUCCAAUUUCUGCCCUUCAUUUGGGGCAGCUCCCAGCUCAUAGACCACCCAACCCUAGAGCCCAGGCACUUUGUGGAGGAGAAGGUGGUGAACGAAUACCACCAGGACUACAUGUUCUUGGAGUGCAUCAAGUUCAUCAAUGAGAUGAAAACGGGUCCCUUUGCUGAGCACUCUAACCAGCUGUGGAACAUUAGCGCUGUCCCUUCCUGGUCCAAAGUCAACCAAGGCCUUAUACGAAUGUACAAGGCUGAAUGUCUAGAAAAGUUCCCCGUCAUCCAGCACUUCAAGUUCGGCAGUCUGCUUUCCAUCCAGCCUGUGAAACCGUGAAUGGCAGCAGGAAGACCCAAUCAAAGAGCACAACCAAAACUCAAGCCCCUGAGCAAACCACCAAAUCCCCCUAGCCACAAUCAUCAAGCCCCAAUAUUUACCCAUUGCUCAAAAUUAAUAGAUGUGCCUACAAUCCAAAUCCUACUUCUAACACCAAGUCACCGUGGCUGCCACCCUCUUAAAUGAUGGAAUUUGUUUUGCUGAAAUUCUAAAUUUCCCUGCAAUAUUGGAAACUGAGUCAAUCCCCCC